GAAGAUUAGAACCUGAGUGGACAACGUCAACUAAGCUCUACUACGUCCAAUGCCCCUGUGAGUACGCACAUCUGUGACAUCAACGCGUCUGCAUUGAGGCCAAUAAUAUCAAUCGAGAGUGGAAGUUGAUGGUCGUCAAUGUCGGUGCCAUCACGGCCCGGAGAGUAGCUUGCAACACUUUAAGUUUAAGGAGUGGUGAGUAGAUAACACGUUCACCUGCUGCCCCUCUUCAGCGGUACCCCCUGCCUUUUGUUCGUGCGCUUGCACUGGCAUUACCAUGGGCACUGGCUGGAACUUUACGGUCGAUGAUUCGAGUUCAUUCAUUACGUACAAGCCCUUCGAGGAUGGCGGUUUGGGGGAUCGCACCCUCGUCGGUUGGGAACCGUCUUGGUCAGGUUCUGGGGGUUUCCCAACGGCAUUCGCAAUCGAUGCCUCCGGACAAUCGCUUCACAGCACUGCCCUCGACGGGGCCAGCCUGAGCUUUCAAUUCUAUGGAAAUGCUGUGUACCUGCAUGGGUCUACCAAUGGCACCCUUGACGUGACGAUUGAUAACAACGUCGUCUACUCUAAUGGGUCUGCCAUGGGCGAUGGACUCCUCUACUUCGCCGAGGAACUCGCUACUCAGACGCAUUACAUUACAAUGACCGCACACUUCACCCCCGACUCUGAGCAACUACUCCAGUUUGAUUUCGCGGAUGUGACCUACACAUUCAGCGACGGAUCACAGGGUCCACCGCUCGAGGUUCCAUACCCCAAUACGAACACGUCUGUCUUCCAGUACACCGGGCAGUGGUCUGAAGCCUCGGCCGCUGGCGUACCAAGCCCGACUUCGACGGCGCCUCAUCAUAUCACAUCUCAGUACGGCUCAUCAGUAUCGAUGAACUUCACUGGGGGAGAGGCCGUCGCUGUGUAUGGGGUCAGAGACUGGGGUAAUUGGAUCUAUAAUGUGACAAUGGACGGGUAUAAGACGCAGUAUAAUGGAAGCACGCCUUGGAAGCAGGAGAGCUCGCUUCUGUUCUUCCAAGCUGGGCUUGACCCCAAUCAGACACACACGAUUGUCCUGACGGACGACGCCGAUCAGACUUACUUCCGGUUCAUGUUGAACUCUGUCUCUGUCUUCCAAGCCAAUCAUACUUCAUCUGAACCUAGUUCGACGACAACGACCGCCGGCAGUGCGACGAAUUCUGUGUCCGCCGGGAGUGCUGGCACCACUAGGUCGACACAUACAGGAGCCAUUGCGGGAGGUGUGGUCGGCAGCAUUGCCGGUUUGCUCCUCAUCAUCGGUUUAUUCCUGUGGAUGUUCCGUCGCCGAGGCUCAUCCAAGUCGUCCGAUGUAUCGCCGUUCCCCAUCCUUCCCACCGCCUCCUCGUCAUCUUCAGGCUUGCGUUCCCUCAAAGUGGACUUUGCACCGACCAGCGGCACGACGUAUACUGGCCCUGUAAUGUCAGGGGUGUAUCACAGAGACAUGUCGAUGGGCCAGCCGCUCACAUAUGCCCCUGCCACGACGUUCUCCACCAAUGCAGCGAGCAGUAAUGGCGCGAGUACUGCGACUGGCACUGCACAUACUGAAGUGAGCCCGGUCGCAGGAGUCCCAUCCUCACCAUCGGAACACGCUCCGGCCGUGAGCGUGGACCGCAUCAUCGAGCUCAUCGCACAAAGGAUUGAUCGUGGAUUGCCCGCAGGUGCUAUUGGAGACGAUAUCGCCCCACCACGCUAUCCGGGGAGUGUCGUUCAAUGAUGUUUGCUGCGAGCCAAUAUGAUGAUAUAGUACUAGUAGUUUCAUUCACCAUCUGUCUGCCUGGUGCCCUUUCAAGUUGCCCGGGGGGUACUGUCGUUUUUAUGACUUCGUUCCGUAGCCUCAGACUACUGGCUUUGACUCUGGAUGUAUUUGUAUAAUAUAGUGGCAUUUGCCGUUGGCUAUCGACGUAUCUGAUUGUCACUUCAAUUGUCAUGC